CUCUUAUCAUUUUUGCGACCACGAGGAUCAAACUGGUGAAGAUGACUAUACUCGCGACUCAACUUAUCAGGGUAUUUCCUGGAGCAAUGAUAAUCCAGGUGGUCAGGAAAGCUGCAGCGCAUCGCAGCUACCGAAUCUACCCCGAGAUGAACUCUUGAUGAGUCUCAAAGAGUACAAAUGGACCGUACAAGAUCACAGAAUGGAGGGACGACCAAC